AUGGCAUUUCGAUGCAUAGAGGUUGUAUAUCAUCAUCCAAAUUUGAAAACAACAACGGAACCCAAAUUAAUUCCUGUGGAUCAAGAAGGUCGCCUAUAUAUCCGUGGUAUUGAAAAAUAUUUUAAUCUUCGUUACGUUGAAGAAUGUGAUGAGAUUGGAGGCAAUGGGAUGUUGAUACCAUAUAAUGAACAAUAUGGUUUUUCAAUAGAAUCGUAUAACCAUUUAAUUAAUAUUGGACAGCGUACAAUUCAUGUUACGGGACCAAAAAUGACCACAGCUAUAUCGUAUGCUACGAUUGCACCAGAUGAACUUGAAACAAGAGGAAGUUUACUCUUUAUAUUUAGUAAUCGAAUAGUUCGAGUGCAAGGAUACGAAGCACACAGUAUGCUUGAUUAUUGUUGUGCCUUGUACCGCAAUUCAAUGAGCAAUCGUUCAAGAGGUGGAGGUGAUGGUGAUGGUCGACGUGCCACCCCACCGAAUGUUGAUGUUAUGCAUUCAUUAAAAGUAGAUAAUUUAACAUAUCGUACGCGUGUUGAAGAUUUACGGCGAGCAUUUGAAAAAUUUGGUGAAAUUGGUGAUAUUUAUAUCCCACGUGAUCAAUUUUCACGUUCAAGUCGUGGCUACGCCUUUAUUAGAUUUGCUCAAAAACGUGACGCUGAAGAUGCGCUCGAUCGUAUGGACAGCGCAGAUUUAGAUGGUCGAGAGAUACGUGUCCAAUUUGCUCGUUAUGGUCGAGGUAAGGGUCACAAGUUUAAUGAUGCCUCGACAUCGGAUAGCCGUGAAAAAGUACGAAGAAAGCGGUCACGAUCACCACGUCCUAGAUCAAGAAGUCGAGAUAAUGGACGUGAUUCUCGAAGUCCAAGACGCUCGUCAAGAGAUCGAUCACGUAGUCCACGUCGAAAUUCUUCACGUAAUGAUCAUUAUUCAUCACGCGAUCGUUAUUCUCGAGAUCGAUCCAAUUCUAAAGGUCGCCAACGUGAUAAAAAUGAUGAUAAAGAUCGAAAACGAGAUCGUCAUGAUGAUCAUAAUUAUUGUGUUAAUAUGACGACAACAGUGGAAAAACAAAGGAAAUGUCGUGAAGAUUCAGAAGCUGUUGAAGGUUUCACAAAACGUUAUUAUGAAACAUUUGAUCGACGACGACAUGAUAUUAACAGACUAUAUCAUCAGACUGCUAAACUAGUAUGGAAUGGAAAUGCAGUAGAUGGUCAAGAGGCAAUUAGAAUGUGGCUGAUAGGUUUACCACCAACUGUACAUUGUGUUUAUGCAUUAGAUUAUUUCUCAAUGAAAGAUUUAUUUCCAGAUGAAGAUACAACAUAUCAGGUUUUUAUUAAUGGAACCGUUGCAUAUGGAACAAGUGAAAACGCAUCAAAUAAAGAAAAACAUAUGUUUUCACAUGUCUUUGUACUAACUGUUGACAAAACAACUUCGACAUGGGUAAUCAUCAAUGAAUGUUUUCGAUUUAAUGAAUAA